UACACCACCUGCAGUCAACCCGAGGGUGAUAAUACCCCCCUCAUCGCUUCUACAUGUUUCAGCAUCACCUGUCCGACAUUCUCCUCUCUCCGUUGAUACAGAUAUGAAGCAUGAGAUAUAAGGACAGACUUUUACCAGGAACCAAGGAUUCCCUGAAAUGAGAGCCGUCCGUAUUCCCGCCGUAUUGGUCAGCAGAGUCACGCACUUCAAGGUCCUUGCCUUGUGCUUUAUCUGCACCUCCGUCUAUGUGUAUCUAUAUUCAGAGGUCAGCCUUCAGAGCCUAACGCUUCACAAAAUGAUCAUGGCGGCGAUUGGCGACUUCCGGUCAUGGCAGAAGCAGAUAUGGGAGUUGUGGGACUAUAUCAGAUAUGGAGAAUUCUUUACGGACACUUACUCGGCUGAAAAGGAUAGAAAUAUUACCAGAAAUUACGCUUCUACACAGGUUUCCAGGUCCAGGAUGGACCGCAAUGUCAGUAGGGCCCCUGUCAAUACAGAGAACCUAGCGCUAGACAUGUUGCACACUAACGCCACGCUACUGACGCUAUUCACCACGUGGCAGACUUCCGUAGAGAAAUUCACUUGCCACAAUAACACAGUUAGAAACUGGAAUCUUUUAAAACCGUUUGUACAACCAAUACUGUUUACAAAUGAGAACGAAUUGUCUAUCCAGGUUACAGCAAUGGGAUGGAAAGUAUUGCCCGUCUCAAAAGCAGGAAGAGGAGUGCCUGUUCUGAAAAAUAUGUACUUAGAUACCAUCAAAGUUUUCAAUUCCACCUUUUAUGCAUACGCCAAUGGUGACAUCCUUUUCACGGAUACACUGAUUAUAACGUUACUGACGGUGUUAACGUCUAGCUUGAACAAAUCGCGCCCCCUGAUGGUCAUAGGCAGAAGAACCAAUGUGGACAAUGUCACGGCGAUAGAGGCGCGGGACCAGAUAACCAUAACCAAAGCGGCAGAGUUCAGAGGGACUCUGUUCAGCGCGUGGGGUGAGGACUAUUUCAUAACGAUGAAAAAUUAUCCGUGGAAAGACAUUCCCGACGUCAUAGUCGGUAGACGGGCGUACGAUAACUGGCUCGUACUUGACGCUAGGAGGCGCGGUCACGUCGUUGACGCGACAGAGACCAUAUUGGCUGUCCAUCAGACGACAUAUCGCGGAAACUACGAGGGUCACAGUCAUCGGGACAGGGACUAUAACCACAAUCUACUGGUCAGGACCUUCAGGAGACUCCACUAUGCCGCGGGAAAAACAUCGUGCACCGAGCUUAUCACUCGCUACAACUCCACCCACGCCCCACAGAUUCAGUGGAGAAACCCCAAUAAGGAAUGCUAUCCAUUGUAAGAAUGAAGAGAAAGGUUACCAUUAUCAAAGCGAUUACAUGCUUGCAUCAGAUCUGUAACCAAGAGAAAUCUCCGUUAACAAUUCAAUGUACCCGACUACUCUAGAUAUGUCCAUAAGCUACGUGUGGCUGAUAUAGAUUUACGUUUUUGGUAAUAUAUAUAAACUAUUUGGAAUGUAUUUGCACUUUUCUGUCAUGUUCGUUUUGAAAAGUACACUGUAUUUUUAUGUACCUUAUCCACAAAACAACACCCACAACCAUUUAUAAAACAUAGUCUCUAUGAAUUAAUAAUACAGACGAAUCUACGAAGUUACAUCCCCAUGAACCGUUUAAAAGCUGACAACCCACAAAAAUAUGCUCCCAUAGUCAGAACAUUUUAUGAUCCCACAAUGAUUCCGAAAUGUGUUGGGUUCACAUGUUUUCUACAACAAUUAGAAGGUAAAAACUUCUUGGCUGUGUAUUUGCUAUUCACUAUUCGAAUAACGAGCAUACUGAUAGUGUAUAUAAUGUCAGAUUUGCCUAGGUUUGAGUCAGCUCACUUCCCUAGGUAGAUGGGUGGGCUCCCUCUAUCUCAUGUAUCGUUCACUUUUUUCGUUCAUUGUCCCGUAUAUUGUUAGAUUCUUCGCUUCCGAUUCUACUGUGCUAAGUUUAACAUGUUAGGUGUUUAGUCCGUGCUUUGGGUUUGGGUAACUUGGACUUAUCUUAACAAUAAGGCAAGCUUAUAUAUACGUUGUAAACUUGAUAAGAAUGGUGAUAUUGGGAAGCUUAAGUUUGUAUAACUGCAUGUAUAUUUUUGUAUUUAUCAUUAUGUUAAAUAUAUGGAUCAACAAGAAUUUUUUUUCAUUUACCAACAACUUGGAGUAAAGUUUAUGUGAC